CCAACAAACACCCAAUUUCAGACUGCACCACCGCACAGCUGACUGAGUUUAGUCUUCUUCUCGAUCGGCCUCAGGCGGUGUUUUGGCGACCGGAGACUCUUGAGGCAGUGAGAGUCAUGUGGGGCGCCAAGUUCGAGCAUACUUUCCAGCUGGAAGUGGAGGAGGACUCGUUAUUCAGGUGGAUAAAAGUGGAGGUGGAUCUGGUGGGGGAAGAAGGAACCACCGGAGACCGAAGCUGCACUCUGAAGGUGCCCCAGCUGAACAUGUCGGUAUCUUGUUCCACCGCGAUUGGCUCUGAAAUGAUGUUCGACUCGCCCCACCCCCUGGUGCUGGGCCUCGGGUGCGACCUGCCCCCGGGGGAGGCCGGCGUGGCCACGAGGCCGGUUGCAGCACGGGCGGGGGGAACCUUUUGGGCGUGGAUCUCCUUCCUCGUCAUCGCCGUCAUCGUCUGCAUCGGUGUAAUCGUCUUCUUCGUCGUCAGGAGGAAGAAUCAAAACCUUUAGGCUCGUAUUCCUCCUUCUUUACCGCCGCCUUUGUUAGUCUUGUUAUCAGUGACUAUUAUUAGUAUUAGCAUUUUUAUUAUCUUUAUCAUUAUCAUUUUUAUUACUAUUGUCAUUAUUGUCAUUAUUAUCAGUUUUAUUAUUAUCUUUAUUAUCAUUAUUAUACUUGUUGUUAUUAC